UUUCAAGAUGACAAGGCGAUGGCAUGAUCGGCCUCGAUUCUCGAUGGUGAUCUGUAACUUGUCUUUCUUGAUCGACUUCACUUGCAAGCCAUCGUAAUUGUUGUGUGGAUUUGUGGCUGCCAGAAGGAAUACUGUUGACGAAAGCGGACUACUCGAUAUGCCUGCAAUCUCGAGUUCCCACCGCGGCGUCAAUGCCGUGCUCUCCCGGCCUCUAUUCUUACAGCGUUUCGCAUACCCAAACCAAUUUUAGACUCUCAUCGGCAAAGAUGUUGUCGGGACUAGCAAUUGGCGCUCUAAGUUACGAGGCGUGGUCCGCCCGGGUAGGCAUUUGAAUGAAUGAUCCAGCCAAAACCGCAGGCGCCGACCCGCAUACUCCGAACAGCCGGCACUCGCAAGUCUAUCGGGCUCGAUUGCCUCCCUGCCCUGCUGCCUUUGUUUGCCCCAAUACCAUACCAUCUGUGCCAGUCCACUCGACUAAGCAUAAGCGACGCCGUUACGCCGGUUCGAGCCUCGGAAAUUUGCAAGUUGAAGGAGGAACCACUCCAGACCUACCGGGAUCAUUCGUCCUAGCGCUGAGGGCGGGAAGGACCCGAGCGAGUCUAGGCCGUUUUCCUCUCACGACGGAAGGACGCCGGCAGACAGGGGGA